ACAUUUCUAGGCUUGAAUGUCAAUUCAAUCCAUUCAAUCACUGCGUUGCGAACUUCUGACUGAAAUCACCUUCUGCAAGGUUUUAUAAUAUUCAGUAUGCCUUUUGUUUUUCGUCAAUGUGUUCCAUAACUCGGUGAAAGUCUAACGUUCAAGUUGUAUGUAAGAUGUCGCAGGAAAAUUCGGUGUAGAAAUUUGUUUAUCAAAAUUUGGUUCGUAACGCACUCAAGAACACACGCCAAUACCGCCAAGCAGUUUAGCAAGCAGCAACAUCUCCAUCUGUGUACCUGAGCAACAUGUCGUAUCAUCAGCACGUUCUUUCGGAGGCAACCACCGUCCGCCUGAUAAAUGGUUUGGUGGCCACCGGCAGUGCCACGCCCCUUGCCGUCCAGCCGCCUUCGACGGCACAAGCGGAUGUUAACUGCUCUCCGGAAAUGGCAUUGGCUGCCGCUAAUCCGGCGGCUGUUCCGCUGGCCAAUGACACGCUCACCGCCUCAAUGGCCGCCCUUGAAAUAUCCUCGGCUCGACAGCGGAUGCUUCCACCGAUAACCCGACGUCCUUCACAGGAGAGCGUCCAUUCGGCGAACGAGAAUGGCAACUCGUGCCGCAUUUGCCGCUGGAACCGCAGCGACAUGGAGAUCAUCAAAUGUCCGUGCAAUUGCAAGGGCAGCGUGGGCUUCAUCCACCUCAAGUGCCUGAAACGCUGGAUCAUGCACCGGCGGGAUAAUCGCUGCGAAAUCUGCAAUGCGGUCUUCAACAUCUCGGAGGAGCGGGUCAGCCUGAAGCAGAUGGUGCGGACCUUCGGUCCCUGUUGCGGCCUGAUUGUUAAGCACCUUCUGUUUAGCGCCUCACUGAUGCCACUGGCCCACAUCAUUCUGCAGCAGGUUCUGCAGUGCAUGGAUAACCUCAACCAGGGCAGCACCGAGCAGCUCACCGUCCAGGAGGUGUUUGUCGCCUCCUGCGCCCUGCUCACCUCCAGUGCCCUGUUCUUCCACUUCUUCGAGUUCGUCACCACGCGUUGCCUGCUCAUCCGGAACAUCCUGCGCCACUGGUGGAUGUUCGGCAGCACCUCCGACUUUGCCCUGGUGGAGAUCGAGGACGACUCCAUCGAUCUCUUUUGACGAGGAGAGGGGUAGAUGGUCUGAUAAAAAGAAGCUAGGAAGGAAGAUCAAGUGUUCGGUGCAGGUAUUCCAGCCCUUCUUCACCGACCAAUCACCAUCUUAGAUGAUUUCACCAAGAUCUAGUUAUAAACAAAUUUUAAUAUUCAAUAAAAU